GACGUGAGGCUCCAAUGGUUCUCCAGGAGACAAGUCUCGUUGAGUAAAGACACCAAAAAUGCGAAGUGACUAGCUGGGAGCCAAGACAGAAAACUAGGUAAUGGGAGAUAAAGUGGCCUUAUGAAUAGGAAUGCCUGCCCAGACACCAGAAUUGGAGAUGAUGGAUGAAGAUCGGCUAAUUGAAGAAGUCUUGGAUAAGUUUGUUAAUUGUCAUGAGCAAACGUAUGAAGAAUUUCUGAGAAUGUUCACUCAUCUUUCACAAGAUAAUGUGACCAAAAGAGAAGCCUUUGAAACUAAUUCUUCAGAAAACAAUUUUACUUCAGUAAAAUUUACUCAGAGAAAUGAACCAAAUGAUCGCCGUCUUAGCAAUAAAGCCAUCUUUCUUCAUACUUCAUCACAGUGUUCAGAAGAGGAGCAGAUAACGAUAGAUGAUGGCCAAAAAGCUGGCAGUUCCUUUCAAGGUGAUCUGAAUCGAGCAGGGGAGGUGAAGGUAGACAAUUUCCUUGAUAUAGAAGAUUUAGACCUGGAUGAAGAGAUUAAUCACCAACUGAGCAAGGAUGUGCUGCUGCUUCCAGGAGAAGUGGAGCAGGAAGUGAGCUUGAGUGUUCCCUCUUACAUUCCUUCUGUGGCCGUCCAGCCUGUCACCCCUGGAACGAAGCCCCGACCCACCGUGAAAGCAGCAGAUAAACAAAGUGAAGAGAUCGUUGGAGAGGAAGUUCAGCCCUUCUCGCUUGAUGAAGAAUUCGAUUACGAUGCGGUGGUGCUAACCCCCAAGUUCACUCCUGCAGAGAUGAAUGCCAUCAAAGAGCUAUCCAAGCAGAAGACAAAGAGCGCAGACUUAGAGGACCCCCAUGACUGAUCCACCCAGACCUCUUUACAUUUAUUUUUAUUUUGUUCUUAUUCAAGCAA